AGGAAUGGCUGGAGUAAAGAAGUUUUUUCUUUGGAUCAAUUUUCUUGUCAGUGGGAUCAGUGUGGGAGCUUAUGUGGCGCCCAUGUUCAGCUUAAUUGCUCUCAUGGAAUGGGAUUCAAUUUAUGAAUGCUUUGUCCCUGAAUCUCUCAUGCUUGAGGGACUCAACUUUAUUUUCAUGAUUGCGUACUACUGCUUUGUUACUGGGACAGGAGCUUCGUUUGAUGGCAUAUUAACAGCAGGAUUUGGUUUAUCUUUCAACUUUUGCUGGCUGUUUCUGUAUGUGGUUCAUUGUGCGAAUACUCUUCAGCAUCCACGACUUGUGAUGGCAUCUGUUCCAACAGCAUUCUUGGUGAUCGUCACAGUAAUGUUUGGUACAAUCCAGUGGGGAUACAAGGCUGAACAUUCGGGGGCGAGAGGGGCUCUUAUUGCCGCUGUGCUUACAACCAUACUCUUCUCACCAUCGAUGAGCGUGCUCAACCGGCUCUAUUCCUCAAUCCCUGAUGAUCCGUGGGCACCAUUUCUCAUCAAGAUGAUCUUAUCUGGACUAAGUGUAGUCACUUCUGGGUACAGUGCAUGGAAUGGGACACAACAAGGCUACGCCGAGCAUGAAGACCUCAAGUAUCUUCUUGUGUUCAACUAUGUGUCAGUGGGCAUUGGUAUUUGCCAGAUAGUUGUUCGUCUUGUUGGUCCAAGGAUGGUUGCGGACCAUGUGAAGCGCAUCUGUAAGAAGCUGUGGCAGAUUGUUAAGCGCAUCUGUAAGAGGCUGUGGCAGAUUGUUAAGCGCAUCUGUGGAAGGACCUGAACUUCUCAAGUGAGUGAAAGACAUGAGAUGCUCAACAGCUGAAGUUUGAUUGAUUGUCCAUGUGCAGUUGUGCACCCACUGUUAAAUAUGAAAAACAACACGUACUGUUCUGUUUUCUUGCAUGGUCACACGCUGCUGCAUUUGUGAUUUGUGCGCAAAUGGUUUC